GAUAAGCUGGUAUCGAUUAUUCUGAUCUAAUGUAUAUCUCGAACAGUACAACCUUCGAACAGAAACAUAAUGACGGUAUCGAACGCAACCGCUUCCUCUGUCCAGCUCACGACUGCAGCGUCAUUCUCCUUAGAAAGAGAGCUGACCGGAAUCGUCGGCCAUGAGGCCCGGGAGUGGUUCAAGACCAUUGUAGAGGUUUGGAUCUGCUCCAUCCUCUCGGCGCUAGGUGUGGCCACGAAUGUAUUGGUCAUCGCCGUGUUCACCAGACAGCGCUUCAGAGACAACAUCUCCAUCUCGAUGACGACAAUAGCUGUUUGGGAUUUCCUCAAAUGCGUCAGCGGCGUACUAUGUCGGCUGUACUGGGCUAUGGGCUUGGAGGACCCCGUGUUAGGAGAGAUGUGGCUGGAGGUCUCGGCCAUCUUACUGAGCUACUUACAUAGCUUCAUGGGGUUCGUAUCAUGCGCUCUAGCGGCCUACGUGUCCAUGGAGCGCUGCUUGUGUGUAAGCAUGCCCUUUAAGGUCAAGGACAUAUUCACACGACGGUUGACUUUGAUCAUGAUGAUCACCAUUUCUAUACUGGUCAUGAGUUCAUUUAUGGUUAUAUUUCCUUUAUGGGAAAUCAAACAGGUCUUUGACCUCGAUCGUAAUGCAAGCACGACCAUUUUGGCAUUUAGCGAUUUCCAUAGUGAUUUUGGCGUGCCCGUACUGCGGUACUACAACAUUAUCAGCGUAUUGUGGCCGUUGCUAAGCUUUAUCGUUAUCGUUGUCAGCGCUGGAGUCAUUUUAUACAACUUGCAGAAAUCAUCAAAGUUCCGAGGCAAAAACGAAAACAUGCAGAAAGAUGGAAUGUCCAAGAGGGAUUUACAGGUCGUCAAAAUGCUCAUUGUCAUCAUCGCUGUCUAUAUCGUGAAUUUGUUCCCACGAAUUGCGCAGUAUUUCGCCAGAUUCUUCGAACCCCAAUUUUAUCUCCGCAUGCGAUAUCAUAACCUUUUCAUUGUGGUUAUUACUAUAGUUUUCAUUUUUGACUUUGUCAACGCGUCUACCAAUCUCUUUAUCUUCAUCUCCAUGAGUACAAACUUCAGAAACACUUUCGUAGAAAUGUUUGGUGGCUGGUGGAUUGUAAUAGACAUGAAAGCUUCUCUUCCAAAUUAAACAUUUAACUCUUUGAAGACGCGUAUUCUAGUCUUUCAACAACUCACGAAGAUGCACUGCUUAGGGCACUUAAAAAAGAAACCUAACUUCAUUAUAUUCAUACGGAAUUUUUUAUGAAUUCGAUUUUCUUUAUCUGAAACUUAGUAAGGCAGGCAAUAUGCAUACAACGUACUAUGAAAUGUACAAUUCCUGUUUCUGAUUUGAGUACGUAGCAUUUGAUCGGCUGUCAGUUGUGUACGCUAUGUCUUUAAAAGAGUACAGUCGCGUGCAUUUGUUCCGCGCAACUUACAUAUCGGCGCAACUGCGCGUGUAAGCCUACGCGUCCACCAAAAUAAGAUCACCUCCAGGUCAAGCUAAUGUACGACGUUUUUGCAGGGUGUAGAAGCGACUCAAAAAGAUCCGUGUCCACCGACGUCAGACCUAAACCUAUUUUUAGCCCAGUGUCUUAUUCCGUCUUGGUUAUGAUUACGAGAACAACAGACAGCACAGGC